AUGACGAACUUUACCCGGCGUGAGUUUGACGUGCUCUGGGCCGUGGCGGAGCUCCCACACAAGGCACGUUGGAACGACGGCCGCGGGUCCAAAUCGAAGACAACACCAAUGGACUCCCUCUUCAUGACAUUGACAGUGCUCAAGCACUACGACAAUUGGGAGAAGCACGCGUUGGACUUUGGGUUCAAAGCCCCCACGUUCCAAAAGCUGAUUCUCCGAGUUGUCGAAGUGGUGAUGCCUGUCUUUUAA